GGACUCUCCAGCCACACAAUCAGCCAAUAUGGGGAUGUCCGGAGAGCAUGUGAAGUUGUUCCGCGAAAUCAACACGACAGUAAGCUGCCAUCCCAUCGGACGAGAUUCGCUAUAACUUCACGAGAUUGACCGCUGGAAAACACCACAAAAACGUUUAUGGAAAUAUGUGAACGUCAAACUUAGGUCCAAUGGACUCGCAUGAUGACCAUGGCAAACAAAUACAGAAACCUAGUUAUGCCAAAGACAACGACCUACGUCUUCGUAUAAAGUUACCAAUCAACAUUCAACCUUCUAGUAUAUUAAAUGUAAUUUUACUGUGAUAAAGCUACACUAGUGGUGAACUCCAAAUAUAAGUCAUGUGAACACCGUGACACAAAUUAUAACCAAGAACACCAAGAAGAACAUUUAUUUCGAACUAAGCUGUUCAUCUCCGCGACCUAAAACACUGAUCUCAUCCCCUGAAUAAUUUACAAAAGAGAAGCAGCAGUUUUACUUUAAGCUGCAGCUAGAAAUGCGUUAAGUGAUUCCAUUAUUGGUGCCGACAACUGUAAUUAUAAUCAAUAUUUACUGUCUGUCAACUAAACCAUGCACUUCCACCCUUGACCUACGUUGACUUUCAUUUUCCUUCGGAGUGGAAGCCUUAAACAAAACAGACAUCACCACUGCGUUCUCAAUGAAUUGUCAUACGUUUCCACCACAUAAACUUACACGCGCUGAACUGACAUAAUGCUGUUCAGUAUCAUCGCCACUACGGCAGCUCUCAAGACUGCAAUCGGUGUCGUUGGAACGGGCCUCUGGCUAAUUCCACUCCUCAUUGCUGGAGUCGCGUAUUACAGGUACGACUACCUUGAUCCAGAGUCACGUCCUAUAGACCAAUAUCCUCUGUACAAGGAAUACGACUUCGUCGUAAUUGGAGGAGGAUCGGCCGGUGCUGUUGUUGCUAGUCGCCUGUCCGAAAUUCCUCAUUGGACCGUGUUGCUGCUUGAGGCGGGACCGGAUGAAAACGAAAUCAGCGACGUUCCAUCUCUAGCUGCAUUUCUACAGCUGUCUAAUUUGGAUUGGCAGUACAAGACCGAGCCCACCGGAGGAGCAUGCUUGGCUAUGAAGGGCGGGCGAUGCAACUGGCCUCGCGGGAAGGUACUUGGAGGGUCUAGCGUUUUAAACUAUAUGCUAUACGUCCGGGGGAACAGGCACGAUUAUGACCACUGGGAAUCGCUAGGUAACCCAGGCUGGGGUUACAAAGAUGUCCUGAGAUAUUUCAAGAAAUCCGAGGACAACCGCAACCCAUACCUUGCACCGUCCAAGUACCACUCGAGAGGCGGUUACCUUACAGUUCAAGAGUCACCGUGGAGGACGCCACUGUCACUUGCCUUCAUUCAAGCAGGCCAAGAAUUAGGUUACGAGAACAGAGACAUAAAUGGAGAAUUACAAACUGGUGUUAUGAUAGCGCAAGGAACAAUAAGGCGGGGCACACGGUGUAGCACAGCCAAAGCGUUUCUGAGACCUGCAAGACUACGUAAAAACCUACACGUGGCCAUGAAAUCCCAUGUUAUACGGAUACUUAUAAAUCCGUUUACGAUGAGGGCUUAUGGGGCGAUGUUUGUGCGCAACGGCGUGAGACAGAUCGUUCUGGCGCGCCGGGAAGUUAUACUGUCAGCCGGAGCAAUAAAUUCCCCGCAGCUUCUAAUGUUGUCAGGAAUAGGCCCCAAAGAACAACUGUCCAAGUUCGGUAUACAGACAUUAAAGAACUUAAAAGUCGGCGAAAACUUACAAGAUCACGUAGGACUUGGUGGUAUGACGUUCUUAGUCAAUAAGCCAGUGGCGAUUGUUCAAAAACGAUUUCAGACGGUUCCAGUCACCGCAGAGUAUCUGUUACAUGAACGAGGGCCUAUGACCACGCUGGGUGGAUUGGAAGGUCUAGCAUUUGUUAAUACAAAAUUUGCAAAUAUUUCAGGAGCAUAUCCUGACAUACAAUUUCACUUUGCGCCAGCUUCUGUAAAUUCGGACGCUGGGCUCCAAGUUCGUAAAAUACUUGGGUUAACAGAUCAAGUCUACGAUGCCGUGUACAGGCCUAUAGCAAAUCGCGAUUCAUGGACACUUUUACCACUGUUACUCAGACCUCGAUCCAGAGGGUGGAUACGACUGAGAAGCAGCAAUCCGUUUCACUAUCCAGUAAUCCACGCAAAUUACUUCGACGAUCCGUUCGACGUCGCUACGUUGGUGGAAGGCGUAAAGAUAGCAGUAAAAAUGAGUGAAACAAAUGCAUUCAGACAGUUUAAAUCCAGAAUCCACCGGACGCCCAUACCUAGAUGCAGGAAGUAUCCGUUUGGGUCUGAUGCUUACUGGGAGUGUGCUGUAAGAAGCAUAUCAAUGACAAUAUACCAUCCUGCCGGUACCUGUAAAAUGGGACCAGAAUGGGAUCCCGACGCAGUUGUUGAUUCCAGGUUACUGGUAUACGGUGUGAAGGGUCUUCGAGUCAUAGACGCGUCAAUAAUGCCGACUAUUGUGAGUGGUAAUACCAAUGCCCCGACUAUUAUGAUAGGAGAGAAAGGUGCUGAUUUAGUCAAGGAAGACUGGAUCAACAGUUUAUGUAUUCACAAUUAUGCAACACGCAGCAAGCCAAGCAUCGUUGGCAGCUUCGGCAACGUUUUAACUGAUCUAAUGAAACAACAAGAAAGCGAACCUAAAGAGGAACGCCAUCUGAUGCAUGAAUACGACUUCAUCAUAGUUGGUGCAGGAUCUGCGGGGUGUAUUCUGGCCAACCGUCUCACCGAGGUCCCGGAAUGGAAGGUCCUUCUGAUAGAAGCUGGUGGGCAAGAAACCUUCUUAAUGGACAUACCUAUUCUAGCAAGCUUCACGCAAUUCACAUCAGCUAAUUGGAACUACAAAACAGUGCCUUCAGGCACAUCAUGUCUCGGGUUUCGAAAUGCACAGUGCAAGUACCCUCGUGGUAAAGUUAUGGGUGGAAGCAGUACUCUGAAUUACAUGGUCUAUACUCGUGGACACCCAAAGGAUUACGACAAAUGGGCUGCAGAUGGAAACGAGGGCUGGUCUUAUGAAGACGUUUUUCCUUAUUUUAUGAAGUCCGAAGACAUGACGAUACCUGAAUUGGCAAAAGACACAAAACACCACUCAACAGGUGGCUACUUAACAAUCAGCUAUACUCCAUACCGUACACCACUAGCCGAAGCUUUUAUACAAUCAGGUCUUGAGACGGGGCAGAAUGUUGUUGAUUACAACACAGACACACUAAUAGGAUUCAGUUUCAUACAGAGUACAAUGCAAAACGGAACUCGAUGCAGUUCUUCAAAAGCUUUCCUACAUCCAAUACGAAACAGGAAAAACUUACAUGUCACAAAAAUGAGUACAGUCACGAAAAUACUAAUACACCCAGAGACGAAACAAGCAGAAGGUGUUCAGUUCGUUCGGGGGGGCAAACGGUACAUAAUACGAGCUAGUAAGGAAAUAAUUUUAUCGUCAGGAGCAAUAAAUUCACCACAACUCCUCAUGCUAUCUGGCAUAGGACCUCGUCGACAUUUGGAAAGCUUAGGUAUUAAAGUAAUUCAGAAUCUAGAUGUAGGGUACAACCUAAUGGACCAUAUGGCCCUAGGCGGCCUAACUUUCAUCGUCAAUCAGAGCAUCUCUUUGAGAACAGACAAUAUCUUACGGAAUCCAGAUAACAUUGCAAAUUAUUUUGCGUAUCACAAAGGCCCUAUAUCAGUUGCAGGAGGAUGCGAGGCUCUUGCCUUCUACGAUCUAAAGGAUCCUAAGAAUCCACAAGGAUACCCCGAUAUCGAACUUAUAUUUCUAGGUGGUUCAUUCGUGUCCGAACGAACACUACGGGAAAACGUUGGUAUUCGUCCCGAACUUUACAAUUCAGUGUACAAGCCAAUAGAACAGUAUGACACAUGGACGGUGGUGCCGAUGUUAAUGCGACCGAAAAGUAGAGGAAGGAUAAUGCUGAGAGACAGAAAUCCAUUUCAUAAGCCUUUAAUCGACCCCAAUUACUUUCAAUAUGACGAAGACUUGGACACUUUGGUUGGGGGUGUCAAGAAGGCCAUUGAGCUCAGCAAGACGAAAGGAUUCCAGGAAUUUGGAACCAAACUGCACGACACCCCUAUCCCUGGAUGUAAGAAACACGUUUUUGGGUCGGAUGAUUACUGGAGAUGCGCAAUAAGACAUCUCACUUUCACAAUAUACCACGUGUCUGGAACCUGUAAAAUGGGUCCAAAGUGGGACUCUGGUGCCGUAGUGGACCCCAGGCUAAGAGUAUACGGAAUCAAGGGUCUCAGAGUGGUAGAUGCAUCAAUUAUACCUGAAAUACCAGUAGGUCAUACAAACGGGCCGACGUAUAUGAUAGCUGAGAAGGGAGCUGAUCUCAUAAAACAAGACUGGGGCGUAACUACUAAUAAUAUCACAUAGCGUCGGCUGGCUACACGUUGUGUAAAUUCAAUGUAAUCAAUACCCUGAUGUCUAAGAAUAAGAUAUUGAAUAAAAAAUUUCAACAUUGUGACAAAA